AUGACCGUUCAUAAACUAAUAGUCCUACGUCACGGACAAUCUGAAGGAAAUGAUGAAAAUAAAUUUUGUGGAUGGUUAGAUGUUCCAUUAACUGAAAAAGGUAAAAAAGAUGCAGAAUAUGCUGGAGAAUUAAUUAAACAAAAUAAUUUAUCACCAGAUAUAUUAUAUACAUCAAAAUUAAUUAGAUCAAUAGAAACAGGAUUUAUAAUAUUAAAAGUAUUAAAUAAACCUUGGAUAGAUCAUAUAAAAUCUUGGAGAUUAAAUGAACGUCAUUAUGGUAAAUAUCAAGGUAGAAAUCGUCAUGAUGUAUUUAUGGAAUUAAAUCAAGAUAAAAAAUUAUUUCAAUAUAUUAGAAGAAAUUAUAAUGGUUUACCACCAUUAAUUGAUCCAGAAUCAGAUACUUCAAUAGAUGAAAAAUAUAAUGAUUUAUUAAAUAAAGAUAUUUUACCAAGAGGAGAAUCUUUACAUAUGGUAAUGGAUAGAUUAAUACCAUUUUUUAAAUAUGAAAUUUUAGAUAAUCAAAUGAUUCAAUUAAAUAAAACUGUUUUAAUUGUAACUCAUGGUUCAAUAGUAAGAAGUUUAAUUAAAUAUUUAAAUAAAGUUGAUGAUGAUGAUAUUUCAAAAAUUGAAAUACCUACGGGUGUACCAUUAGUUUUUGAAUUAAAUGAUAAAGGAGAUUUAAUAAAACCUUAUUAUUAUUUAGAUAAAGAAAAGGCUUUAGAAGGUUCUGAAGAAAGUAGAAAUGCUGGAUUAAAGAAAAAAUUGUAA